ACUGUUUCAGGGACGUUUAUCGGAACCCAAUCCAUUGCUCGUUGAUUGGUUCCCUUCAUGACUAGUACUACUAGUGCGCGAUAAAUGCAGUCUAUUGACAACCUCUUCUUGCCCGUCAACUAUUUCAAAGUCACGCCCAAUCCUCUCCAUCACCUUAACUCUUGGGAAAACUCGACGAUCAGCAGAAAAGUGAACAUGAAAGGUGCUAAAAGUGAAAUGCAGCUAUGCAACGACCCUACAGAGCUGCGAAACAACGCGGGAGGCUACAUGCCAAUUGAGAACUACGGUCUUAUCGGUAACAUGCGUACUUGUGCCAUGGUCGCUAACGACGGCGCUGUCGAUUUCAUGUGCUGGCCGUAUUUUGACUCCCCUAGCGUCUUCGCGCGUCUUCUCGACCGCAACAAGGGCGGCCAUUUCUCCAUUGCCCCCAAAUGCGGCAUCACUGUUGCAACAACGAAGCAGCAAUACCUGCCCAGUAGCAACGUCCUUCAGACACGUUUUUUGCACGAGGAAGGCGUGCUCAACGUGAUUGAUUUCUUCCCAAGGCCGCGGAAUCCGGUAUCACCGAGUAAACUCGGUGCUGCGGGAGUCGCGAAAGGCAGAAUGGCGGCACCAAAUGCUGUGGAUCCGUUGAAGCAAUGGCUAGUCAGAAGGGUGGAAUGCAUUCGGGGGGAGGUAGAGGUUGAGAUGAAUAUCUUUCCUGCAUUCAAUUACGCUCGCGACGCUCACCAGACGACGGUAAGGGGAAGCAAGCAGCAGACUGCGGUUUUUGAGAGUCGAGAUCUCAGCUUGCAGCUUGACGUGACAAUUGACUGCGGUGAAGAGAGCGAGGAGUGUCCGAAUGUGCAAUUGGAGCGUGUCAAAGGAUUGGGACUUGGUGACGGGAUUGUGUCGUAUUUCAAGCUCACCGAAGGCCAGGCAAUAUCAUUCAUUCUGCGGGAGGUCCCGACCGCAGAAAAAUCUUACGAAGAGCAACUGACGACGGCACUGAUCGAUCAUGUGCAGAAGGAGACGCAAGCUUUCUGGUUCAACUGGAUAUCACAAAGCAUUUACAAGGGUAGGUGGCGAGAAGUCGUCUCGCGAAGCCUCCUGAUUCUGAAACUACUCACCUUCGAACCCACCGGAGCCAUUGUUGCUGCGCCAACAUUCUCACUCCCAGAGGACUUCGGAGGAAGCAGAAACUGGGACUACAGGUUCUGCUGGGUGAGAGACGCGUCGUUCACAAUCUACAUUUUUCUUAGGAUGGGUUUCAGAUCCGAGGCUGAGGCCUACAUGAAUUUCAUGAGCGACCGCUUCCGAUACUCGAGAACACAGGAAGGUGCACUACCGAUCAUGUUCACCAUUCACGGCAGCACGAAUCUUCCUGAGAUUGAGCUCGACCAUUUGGAGGGCUAUAGAGGAAGCCGACCCGUGCGCAUUGGCAACGGCGCCGUGUUCCAUAAACAACUUGACAUCUACGGUGAGCUGAUGGAUGGCAUUUAUCUGUACAACAAGUACGGAAAGCCCAUCUCUUUCGAUCAAUGGGUCGCCAUUCGUGAAAUGGUGGACUAUGUGUGCAAGAUAUGGAAGGAGAAAGACAUGUCCAUUUGGGAGGUGCGAGGAGAGAUACAAAACUUUGUGUAUUCCAAGAUAAUGUUAUGGGUUGCCGUUGACCGAGCCAUUAGGCUUAACGAGAAGCGGGCAAACCUUCCAGCACCCCAACGAGAGACAUGGAUACGGGUGCGAAAUGAGAUGUACGAGGAGAUCAUGGAGAGGGGAUACAACAAGGAGAUGCGGGCGUUUAUUCAGAGCUACGAACACCCCGACGUGCUGGACUCCGCUGUGCUCAUCGCACCGUUGGUGUUCUUCAUUUCGCCCAACGAUCCCCGUUUCACCUGCACAUUGGAACGCAUCUUGCAGCCUCCCGAGAAGGGCGGAUUGACCAGUACCGGCUUGGUCUAUCGCUACAACACCUCUAAGUUUGACGACGGUGUGGGUGGGCGCGAAGGGGCGUUCUCCAUGUGCACAUUCUGGCUCGUGGAGGCGCUGACGAGGGCUGGAGCUUACGAUAAGGACUAUAUCGUGCAAGCGAUCAACACCUUUGAGAAUAUCCUGGGCUUCUCGAACUAUUUGGACAUGUUCUCGGAGGAGAUCAGCCAGAGUGGAGAGCAGCUGGGAAACACGCCGCAAGCAUUCUCGCACUUGUCCUUGAUCAGUGCCGCUUUCAAUCUGGAUCGCGCCACGAGCGGAGCUGGCGGCGUGUAAGCUCGGCCCUGUUUGAUUUCGACUUUCUUCGUUUGCUGUUCUCGCGGAGUUUGGAGGAGUCAUGUGUGCAACGAAUUAAAAAUUCCUG